UAGCGCCAGUAACUAUUAAAGGAAAAUUACUGCUCAGAUCAGUUAUGACAGGACAGAUCAUGUGGGAUGAACCGUUACCGGAAGAGGUUUACAACGAGUGGGAAUCUUGGAGAACGUCACUAUUUGAUUUGGAAACAGUAAAAUUCAAAAGGAUGUUUGUACCUACUUCAUUUACUUUAGCGAAAACAAGGAAGAUACACAUUUAUUCAGACGCAUCAGAGAAGGCAAUAGCCGCAGUUGGUUACAUACAACUAGAUGACGAUAAGAAUUUUGGUUUUAUUAUGGGAAAGGCAAAGGUUGCACCCAGUCACAGUCAUACGAUUCCACGCUUAGAACUAUGUGGAGCUUUGCUAGCAACAGAAAUAGGACAAACAAUAUCCGACCAGUUAGAUAUACCUUUGUCUGAUAUUCAGUAUUAUACCGACAGUAAAGUUGUACUAGGGUACAUCUUCAAUUCAUCACGACGAUUUUACAAUUAUGUUUCAAACCGUGUUGCGAAAAUCCACACAGUGUCAAAUUCCGAGCAAUGGUCUUAUGUGCAUACAGAUGGCAACCCAGCCGAUCUGGCAACUCGAUCAAUAAUUCCUUCGAAAUUAGAAAAUAGUAUAUGGCUAUCUGGUCCGGUGAUAAAAAAGGAUGCCGAUCAAACUAUUGAAAGAUUUUCUCUCAUCAAUCCUGACACAGAUAAAGAAAUACGUCCUGACAUUACAACUAGAAAAACAACGAGUCUCGAGAAACUCUCCUUAGGAUCACAACGAUUCGAAAGAUUUGGAAACUGGAAGUCACUUGUUAGAUCAAUUGCGCUGAUAAAGAACUUUCUUGUUAAUAGAAUCUCAAAGGAAACUAGGUGUCGAUUCAGGGAUGCAGAGAUGUUCGUUGUUGGAGUUGUGCAAAACGAGUUUUUUUCAGACGAAAUCGAUUGUAUUAAAAAUGGCAAGCCACUACAUGGAAAUAGUGCACUGUUGCAGUUAAGUCCAUUUAUCGACAAUGAAGGCAUUCUGCGUGUUGGUGGGCGUAUCAAAAUGGCAAAUGUACAACCCGAUGAAAGGAAUCCAAUCUUAAUACCUAGUAAACAUUGGAUUGCAACUUUGAUAAUUCGUUACUUUCAUCAAAGGAUAAAACACCAAGGAAGACAAUUUACAUCAGGAGCAAUACGAACAGGAGGAUACUGGAUAUUAGGUGAAAAGCGUCUUGUUUCAUCAAUAAUUUACAAGUGUAUAACUUGCCGCAAGCUUCGAAGGCAUACCGAACAACAAAAAAUGGCUGACUUGCCUGAAGACCGUGUGAUCCCUGAAACACCAUUUACAUCUAUAGGGAUUGACACCUUUGGACCUUGGUCCGUCAUAAGCCGACGCACUAGAGGUGGCGUUGCGAAUUCAAAGCGUUGGGCCGUCAUUUUUACAUGUCUAGUCACAAGAGGUGUUCACCUAGAAGUAGUGGAGGAAAUGACUUCCUCGUCGUUUAUUAACGCCUUUAAACGUUUCAUAGCUAUUCGAGGGGAAGUAAAACUAAUUAGGUCUGACAGAGGUACUAAUUUCGUCGGAGCCACUGACCAACUUGGUAUUGAUAGUAUCAAUGUAGAAGAUGGACCAAUAAAGAAACAUUUAUAUGAUAAUGGCAUAGAGUGGCAUUUUAAUUCACCUCAUUCAUCUCAUAUGGGAGGUAUAUGGGAAAGAAUGAUAAAAACAACGCGAUCAAUCCUCGACUCUAUGUUAUCUGAACUUCCUGGAAAAGAACUAUCACAUGAAGUGUUAGUAACAUUGUUAGCGGAAGUGUCUGCGAUAAUUAACUCCAGGCCUUUAACAUGUGUACCUACGGACUCUGAUGACCCAUUACCUCUCACACCUAAUCUUAUCAUCACUCAAAAGCCUAGUGUAUUAAUUCCAAAGGAUGUGUCAUUCGAUUGUAAAGACAUGUAUUAUGCACAGUGGAAGCGUGUACAAUACCUUUCGAACGUUUUCUGGAAACGUUGGCGAGUGGAAUACUUGCAAACUUUACAAGUUCGACAGAAAUGGACUCAAGAAAGAGAAAACAUUCAAGAAGGAGAUGUCGUGUUGCUUAAGGACAACCAAGUUAAUCGCUUAAGUUGGCCAAUGGGAAUAGUCACUAAAACAUUCCCUAGUGCUGACAAUUUAGUACGUAAGGUAGAAAUUCGUAUAGUGCGUACUGUGGACAAAGACUGUGUGAAACCAGCUUUCUUCAUUAGACCAGUGACAGAACUUGUGCUAUUGUCAAGGACUUAUGAAUAGUGUAGUGGCAUAAAUAGCAUGCCAGACGGGGAGUGUACUGACUCGUCCGUAAUUAUUUCAUGAUGUUUCCGAAAGUUGACUUACAUUUACUAUCUUCUUCGUUACUUUCCCCUCUUUUGUAAUUUCCCCAUAUUUACAUGCUCACGUUGAUGAUUCAGCAUCAUUUAUUGAUAUAUCUGCCAGAUUCCGGCACAGUCUUUUUACCGUUUGAUGUUCACGUUCAGUUUGGAGUUAUACUUACCUGUCAACAUUUGUAAUCAUUCAUUGAGCACCAGCAUACCUUUGUUAUUCAUGCUACAUUGUGUUAAUAGAGUGGAUUAUAUGACAAUAAAUAAAACGGUUAUCUUUAA